GCGCGCCCGUGGGCUCGGGGCCGCUGGGCAGUGUGCGCCGCGACCUGGGACAGGCAGCAGUGGCACCGGGGCCUCUGCGCUGGCUCCCUCUCCGGCCUCGGCGUCUGCAGGACGGAGGAUGCUAUGCUGCUGGUCCGCGAGCCCGUCACCGAGCCUGCCAGCCGCAGCCCUUGCCGCAUCACUGGCUGUCUGGAAGCUUGACUGUGCCCCUCGCUAAGAUGAAGUGUGUUUUGGUGGCCACCGAGGGUGCAGAGGUCCUCUUCUACUGGACAGACGAGGAGUUUGAAGAGAGCCUCCGGCUGAAGUUUGGGCAGUCAGAGAAUGCAGAAGAGGAGCUCCCUGCCCUGGAGGACCAGCUCAGCACCCUCCUGGCCCCGGUCAUCAUCUCCUCCAUGACGAUGCUGGAGAAGCUCUCGGACACGUACACCUGCUUCUCAACGGAAGAUGGCGACCACCUGUAUGUCCUCCACCUGUUCGGAGAAUGCCUGUUCAUCGCCAUCAACGGAGACCACACGGAGAGCGAGGGUGACCUGCGGCGCAAGCUGUGUGUGCUCAAAUACCUGUUCGAGGUGCACUUCGGGCUGGUUACUGUGGACAGCCAGCUCAUCCGGAAGGAGCUGCGGCCCCCAGACCUGGAGCAGCGCGUCCAGGUGUGGAAGCGUUUCCAGAGCCUGCUGUGGACCUACGGCCGCCUGCGGGACCAGGAGCAGUGCUUUGCUGUGGAGGCUGUGGAGCGGCUGAUUCACCCCCAGCUCUGCGAGCUGUGCCUCGAGGCGCUGGAGCGGCACUGCGUCCAGCUUGUGAACUGCAGCCCCGAGCGGGCCGGCGAGGAGGCCCUGCACGCCUUCCUGCUCGUGCACUCCAAGCUGCUGGCCUUCUACUCCAGCCAUGGCGCCAGCUCCCUGCGCCCGGCCGACCUCCUCGCCCUCAUCCUCCUGGUUCAGGACCUCUACCCCAGCGAGAGCACAGCGGAGGACGACAACGAUGCUCAGCCUUCACCACGAAGACCCCGGAGCAGCCAGAACCUCCCUGUGCAGCAGGCCUGGUGCCCUGACCCCGCAGACACGCAUGGGCGCAGUUCCGUGGAGACGGAGGACACAGACAGCCUCUCCCUCCUGGACGAGUACUUCACGCCGGCUCCUUCCCCUGGGGCGCAGAGCUCAGGCAGCACCAUCUGGCUGGAGGGGGGCACCCCGCCCACGGAUGCUCUGCAGGUAGCUGAGGCCACUGUGGAAAUGCUGGUUCCUCAGUCCCCCGCGCCUUCUGGCCCCAGGAGGAUCUUCCUAGACGCCAACGUAAAAGACAACUACUGCCCCUUGGUGCCCCACACCAUGUACUGCCUGCCCCUGUGGCCUGGCGUCAACAUGGUGCUCCUAACCAAGAGCCCCAGCAUGCCCCUGGCCCUGGUGCUGUACCAGCUGCUGGAUGGGUUUUCUCUGCUGGAGAAGAAGCUGAAGGAGGGGCAGGAGGCCGGGAGCGCACUGCGGUCCCAGCCCUUCAUGGGAGACUUGCGCCAGAGGAUGGACAAGUUCGUCAGGAGCCGGAGCGGGCAGGAGGUUCAGAGCACCUGGCUGGAGUUUAAGUCCAAGGCCUUCUCCAGAGCUGAGCCAGGAUCAUCCGGGGAGCUGCUCCAGGCGUGUGGGAAGGUGAAGCGGCAGCUCUGUGCCAUCUACCGCCUCAACUUCCUGGCCACGGCACCAGACAAGGGCGGCCCCCGGCUGCCGCAGCACCUGCAAGACCAGGCCCAGAAGCUCCUGCGGGAGAAGCUGAGCGACUGGAAGGACUUUCUGGUGGUGAAGAGCCGGCGGAACGUCACCAUGGUGUCCUACCUAGAAGACUUCCCAGGCUUGGUGCAUUUCAUCUACGUGGACCGCACCACGGGGCACAUGGUGGCGCCGUCCCUCAGCAGCAGUGACAAGACGUCCUCGGAGCUGGGCAAGGGGCCCCUGGCUGCCUUCGUCAAGACCAAGGUCUGGUCUCUGAUCCGGAGGGCACGCAGAUACCUGCAGAAGGGCUACACGACACUGCUGUUCCAGGAGGGGGACUUCUACUGCUCCUACUUCCUGUGGUUUGAGAAUGACAUGGGGUACAAACUCCAGAUUAUCGAGGUGCCUGUCCUCUCUGAUGAUGUGGUCCCCAUCGGCAUGCUGGGAGGCGACUACUACAGGAAGCUCCUGCGCUACUACAGCAAGAGCCACCCAGCGGAGGCUGUCAGGUGCUACGAGCUGCUGGCCCUGCACCUGUCAGUCAUCCCCACGGACCUGUUGGUGCAGCAGGCCGGCCAGCUGGCCCGGCGCCUGGGGGAGGCCACCCGCGUCCCUCUGCCCUAGGCCAGGGCACGCUGGCCGUGCCAUCUAUGCUUGCAAUGGUCCCCACAGGAAGAGCCGGCUCCUGUCCACAGUGGCACCCUGAGGGGAGCCAAGGCACAGGCUUCCUUAAACUCCACCUGGACCACCGUGGGCACCCCCAAAUCCGUCCCUCUGGGGAGGGGAGCAAGACACCAGUUGCCCUUUGUCUCCUCAGAGAAUCGGUGGGUCUGAGCUGCCUUUCCUUUGUCCCUGGGAGCCAGGAAGGGAGUCCCCAGGGGCUGAAGGCCCUCCUUCUCGGCGGCCUCUGAGCGGAGGAAGCUGCUUCCUGCCCCAGGCACAGGAGCCUCUGGGUUUCAGUUCCAGCUCUGCCACCUCCUCGCACAGCUCUGGGCAAGUUUCUAACAUCCUGACCCUGUUCCCCCACGCUUAGAGGAUUACUAAGCAUGCAGUCGGUGCUCAAUAAAUGUUGGUUGUUG